AUGUCGGGCUUCGAAAUAUUCGGCGCCAUCACCGGCGCUAUAGCCCUGACCGAAACUCUCCUCAAACUCUACAACGCCAUUGAAACCCGCAACGACCUGCCCGAGGCUUUCCUCGAAGUGGGAAAACGUCUUCCACUGGCCAAGGAGACAUUGGAACUGGCCAAGGGGCUGACCGAUGGCCUCGAAGACGAGAAUCAGGAGACGCAGGCUCUCAAACAAAAUCUCGACGACUGUCGUUCGAAAUUGUCUCAGCUACAGGAGAUUUUCCAGCAAAUAUCCAAAGGGGACACCAAAGAAAAUUCCCUCGUCGACGUCUACCAGAAGGUGAUCCGCAGGCUCAAACUCGAUAACAAGUCUGGUCGAGUUGAGGCAUUGAUGAAGGGUGCCUUGGACUCUCUGCAACUCCUCACCAUGCACAGAGCCUUCAAAGAUGCGAUGAAGACACAAGCAGCGGAUGUUUCCCAGGCGAAGGAGGAACUGGAGAAGGUGGCCACAGAGACGCCCUCGCUCCCAGACUUGCCGGAGGGGACUCGGGGGGACAAUGUCAACUAUGGAGAAAUCAACCGACAGUUUGCCAACUGGGGGGAACAGACUAAUAUCGAAGGAGGACAGUGGACUAUAGCGGGAUCCUAUAUCCAUGGUGAUCAGGUCCUUGGUGACAUGAACAUCAACACAUACAAUCAGUCAACCUACGUCUACUCAGAACGACAGUCCUACUAUGGACUUCCCCAUAUCUCCGUUUCGCAUGUGGUGGAAAGAGUCCAAGUUCAAACAACCAUCGAGGCCAAGUUUAACAGGGCCGUACCAGACUCAAACAAGCCCGCCGUCCUAGUGCUACAUGGAAUAGGAGGUCUGGGAAAGAGCCUGAUCGCUCUGAAUUACUGCCGAUCCAAGCAUGCCCUGAUGAAUUAUCAAGAUGUUUUCUGGGUCGACGCUUCAUCAAAGAAGACAACGGUGCAGGGUUUCAAGAAGAUGGCGUCGAUGUUGUCAGGCACAGACAAGGUGGCUCAUAUGGGGCACAUCACGCACGAAAUGAUCACUUCGGUGAUUGGUGAGUGGAGUUCUCGAUGGCUUCUGGUCUUUGACAACUAUAACCCCGAUGGUUUUGACAACGGCAAUCUCAAUGGCUCUGGAAUUGAGUCUUUCUUCCCUGAGAGUAUGGACGCGCCCGGGAUGCUGCUCAAGAGACUCAGGCUUACUAUGCUACAGGUAAAGAGGGACGCAUCUUGA